AUGAGCAACCCCGCAGACACGACGGCCCCCAAGGUCGCCAACUUGGUCGGCAGCUACAAGCGCUACAAAUCUGACAUAGAUUGCGUCAUCAGAUGGCUAAUCAGGAUAGGGGACGAACAAGAAGAUUUCGUCAAAAUGGCAAAGUCGGACCCCAAGAAGGAUAACACGGUCAGCGUCACCCUCGACGCCUUCAACCUCGACUUCGUGGCCGAAAUGGUUACCCAGCGUGGGAUCCACGUUCCUCCCACAAUUCUUGGAAAGAUGAAACGAGCACUAUCACUGCGGAAGCGCUGCGGCAUUUGUGGCGAAAACCUCCACGCAUGGCUACGCAACCAAUAUGCCGCUCUAGCGACUGAGGAUACGCAACCCGCAUCUAAUGCGCAGUCGGGAGAUCACGACUCGAUACAGUAUGAGAUUGAAGAACUUGAUUUCUACAACGACAUGGGGCGUCUAGAAGGAAAACGUCCUAACCUUCGUUCGCUCCUGGCUCCCAGAACUUUCCACAUCUUCUGCUUGUUCGAUGACUUGCAAAAUAUCAGGGCAUUCAUACGCGAGAGCUGGUCAGAAUACCUCAAUGGAAAGAUCGAUCUCAUGAAUGCCGCCGUCGUCACAAACACUGCUUUGAAGCUUGCAAGAGGCUUGAUAGCAGAAUUUGAAUUCGAAUGCAGGGAACCGAAGCCGGGGUCGCAGAUAGCACAGCUUCGCAUCUACAACUUGGUUGCGAGAACACGCGGGAAAGACCCCUGGGAACUCGAGUUGGAAGAUGUCGCAACCUGGUGUUAUCUCCCAACUAAAUUGAUGUUGUUUGGCUACGGGGAACUUGUGCUGCCCGACGAGCCAGAAGUUUCUGAACUUUUUCUCCCAUACUUCAAGAACAAACUGUCCAACACGCAUAAGAUGGAGAACAGACGAGAGUCUAUGUUAGCUCUUGAUCGCCUCAACGAAGAUCAAGCCAUUCUUCACCAAUGCCUAGAAGUGUUCAGCUUUUUGGUAGGAAUGAACCCUUCAUUCCCUGUCCUAGACGAAAUCACCAAAUGUCUUGGUCAUUUCACGCAGGAUAGAAGGCCGUUGUUAUGGUUCUCGUUUGUGGCUCAGAUAUUCCUUGAUGUUUAUCAUACGCUGCCGCAUGACCAGGCGCAGCCGCACAAAAGUACGAAGGCGUUUGGGGAUCUUAAAUUUUCUGCUCUUCGUGUCAAAAAGAUUACUGAAGAGCAUUGGAAGUUCUCCAAGUCUCUUCCAGAAGUCUCUUUCUGGCCAAAGAAUUGCUAUGGCGCUGCCUACAUCCAGAGCAUUUAUGACAAUGUGCAGUGGCUUAUCAUCGACGACGGUGUGUGGGAGAAGAAGAAAGAAAAGUACCAAGAGAAGUACUGGUCUACCUUCGAGAAGCAUGAGCACUUCAAGCGAAAUCCUGUUCUCUGCGGCCUGAUGAUGUUUGUGAUCAAUAUCCGGACGGAAUCUAUUGGCUAUCAUUACAUCAAUAAGUGGUCCACCGGCAUUCAGCUAGCCCAUCUAUACAAUCUGGUUCAGCGCACCACGGCCAAGUGUCCAGCAUGGCCCGAUAUGAAGAUCUUCAUUGGGGUCUACGGGGAACAGGAUAUAUUCAUGGGUGCGAGGCCCAACACAGUCUCACAGUCAUCGAAGAGCUUUGAAAUGGCAUCUAAAAGAAAUCCCGCGGAGGUUGUAGUAUCAAACGCCGGUACCGGAAACAUGUUGCUAAAUGAGUACUGUGGAUGCCGCCCAACUGUGCUAAACGUCCCGAGUAUCAGCUGGCUCCUAGCUGAGAUUGAGAACUUCAGUUUGGCAACGAAACAUGGCCUCGCAAAGACAUCCAUCUCACUCCAACGGAAAGCGUGGGAAACCUCCCACGAGAUUGGGAGGUUGCAAUUCCUGCAAGCUAUCAAGGACGCGAUGGUUUGUGAAGAGCCCCGCAUAAAUUUCAACUACUUUGGCCUGCACCAACGCUGCAUCGAGUUGAUGCGUCUGAUCAGGGACAAAAAUCCCCGCAGAUUCGUAUGGCCGGGCGGCGACAAAGAUAUGGAUGACACACACAUCGGCAUUAUGGUUGAAUGGAUCCUUGGGUCAACCCUCUUCGGUGUUACGGACGUAAUGAAACAGUACCUGGCAAAGAAUGGCGACGUAGCUUGCCGGCAGCUGAGAGCGUUUUCUAAGGCUUAUAAGAACGACCAGGCAGAUAUGGUUUUGGAAGAUGCAAAGAGGUAUACGUAUUGGAGAUGUCUAGAAGACGUGAUUGACCGAGACGUUUUUGCAUUGAUGACUGGUAUGAGUACUAGGUCAGACUGGGGAAGAGACGCUCGGAAGGAGGCGUAAGAGGAAACUAGUCAUUCCCCAGCGGAGAAUGCCUAAGAGACAUCACUAGCUCGAUGAUGCACU